CCAACGCCCCAGCAGAGAAGCUGAGGUCAACAUCAAAUUUGAAAUAUUUAAACUAUUUCCACAAUGCAGACAAUUAAGUGCAUUGUUGUGGGCGAUGCUGCUGUUGGUAAAACAUGUCUCCUGAUAUCUUAUACAACAAACAAAUUUCCAUCUGAAUAUGUACCAACCGUUUUUGACAAUUAUUCAGUUACAAUUAUGAUUGGUGGAGAGCCAUAUACUCUUGGGCUUUUUGAUACUGCAGGACAAGAGGAUUAUGACAGACUAUGACCAUUGAGUUAUCCACAAACAGAUGUAUUUCUAGUCUGUUUUUCAAUGGUCUCUCCAUCCUCAUUUGAAAAUGUGAAAGAAAAGUGGGUGCCUGAGAUAACUCACCACUGUCCAAAGACUCCUUUCUUGCUUGUUGGGAACCAAAUUGACCUCAGAGAUGACCCCUCUACUAUUGAGAAACUUGCCAAGAACAAACAGAAACCUAUCACUCCAGAGACUGCUGAAAAGCUGGCCCGAGAUCUGAAGGCUAUCAAGUAUGUGGAGUGUUCUGCACUCACACAGAAAGGCCUAAAAAAUGUGUUUGAUGAAGCAAUAUUGGCUGCCCUGGAACCUCCAGAACCAAAGAAGAGCUGCAGGUGUGUGCUGCUAUGAACAUCUCUCCAGAUCCCUUUCUGCA